CUUUCAUAGACCGAGCAAGUGAGUGUUGUGGAGUUGAAUCAAAAUAUGGAGAGGCUUAUGAGUAAGAGACUCUACGAAGCAGCAACAACAGGAGACAAGAAAGUAUUCGAAGAGAAAAACGAGAUGCUUCAUCUCUUCACUUGGACACACGAGGAAAACAAUUGUCUGCACAUAGCAGCGAGGUUUGGACAUGAAGAGUUCAUAAGAAGAGUUCUUAGUCUUUGCCCUACCCUUCUAUAUCAACUAAACUCCAGAGAAGAUAACCCUCUUCAUGUCGCUGCAAGGGCUGGCUAUUUUCGCGUCGUUAAAGUCCUUACUGAUACCUUCCAACAUCUCCAGCUCCAGCCUCCUGAAACCAGUACUGGAAGUAGUAGUGAUUCAAAGAGGCCUUUGAGAGAAGCAGAGGAAGGGGGAAGAUCUUCAUCAAGUCUAAUGUGGACGGUUCAAAAGGAACAGAAUAAUAUUAGCUCUCCUCCAAGAUAUAGAAGUGAAAGUAGAGAAAUAUGGAGAAGUCAAAACUGUGAUGGCAGCACAGCUCUUCAUGAAGCUUUACGAGGGAAACAUGAGGAUGUGGCGUUGCAUCUGCUGGAUCUAGACAGUGAAGUGCUCGUCCAUGUUGUCAAUUCCAGAAACGAGAGUCCAUUGUACCUAGCUGCUGAAGCUGGGCUCGUUCGUGCUUUGAAUAAAAUUCUUGGGGCAGGUGGGCACCUCAACACUGCUGGCCCCAAGGAUCAGACUCCCUUCCAUGCUGCAGUUUUGCCUGGAAGCGCAGAGUGCAUAAAAAUUCUAUACGAGAGGAUUCCAGAACUCAUCAAAGUACAAGAUUUAUAUGGAAAAACAGCUUUACACUAUGCAACACAAGAAAAAUCUCUCAAGAUAAUGGAUUUACUAUUGGAGUUGGAUGCUUCUUCUGCAUACAUACGGGACAAAGAUGGGCUCACACCUCUAUUAGUUGCAGCCAGCAUAGGUCCUCCAGAAUCUGUCAGGAUUAUACUAGAUGCCUGCCCAGGCUCAAUUGAGUCUCUAGAUAAUAUGGGUCGCAAUGCACUUCACCUAGCCGUGAUGCAUAGUGCUGUCAAAUAUUUCUCAAAAAUCUCGAGAAUGCCUGAAAUGAAGGCCAUUAUAAACGAACCUGACAAUGAAGGGAACACGCCACUGCAUCUAGCAACCAUGGGCCAUAAAUAUCUGCAAGCACGAGCGUUGUUAUCUACAAAACAUGUGGAUUUAACAGCCAAGAACCACUUCGGGCAGACAGCUUUAGAUAUGAGCGUUUUGGAUUGGGAACUUUCCAUCCGACAGGUAUUCUACCUUUCUCCACACGAAAUUGGAUUCGUUUGUUAG